CCUGGUCCCCGCCGGCGCCCUGUCACACCUGCUGCCAAGCGCCACCGCUGCCCCUUCCCGGGCUGCACCAAAGCCUACUACAAGUCAUCGCACCUCAAGUCCCACCAGCGCACCCACACAGGUGAGCGCCCUUUCUGCUGCGACUGGCUCGACUGCGACAAGAAGUUCACGCGCUCCGACGAGCUGGCCCGCCACUACAGGACGCACACGGGCGAGAAGCGCUUCUCCUGCCCGCUCUGCCCCAAGCAGUUCUCCCGGAGCGACCACCUGACCAAACACGCCCGCCGCCACCCAGCCUAUCAUCCCGACAUGAUCGAGUACCGGGGGCGCCGUCGUACCCCCCGCGUCGUUGACUCGCAACCCGCGAGCCUCGAGGACAGCUCCAGCCCCGGCCCCGCCCAGGUGGCCGGCUUCCCUACCUGCUUGUAGGACUGUCAUUGCUGCUAGUCGUCCCUUCAAGGAUGGAUCCCUCGCAGUUGCCCUUGCUUUCUCGCUGCGCGUCCCUCUUUCCCAUCGUCAGUGGACCAAGGCACAGACUGGUUCUUCCGCUCUGAGGCUGGGUCAUGGCAGGCACGUUGGACUCUGGGGAGGGACUGGGGGCGAGAAAACAGCGGGAAUUCUUGCACACAUAUCUCAUCCUAAGAGGAGGGGGUUGCCUCAAGACAUCCCCCAGGAACUGGUGCGAAGGGAUGAACCCGGUGCUCUCCAGAAUCUUGAAGAUGUGAAACUGGAAUUCUCAGGUGCCUGGGGAUCUCCCAGUCUCAAAGGACUCUGGUGGUUCACCCACCCACCAGGGCGGACCUUGGAGAGGGUGUUAAGGGUGGCAGUCUUGGAGAUGUCCAGGACUGGGAUGGUGAGAGGCCUUUGGAAACAGAAAUGAUUUCUAUUUCUGUAAACAGCAAUGUU